AUGGCGAUGAAAAAAACAAGCAAGCUAACACAAACGGCAAUGAUCAAGCAAAUCUUGAAGAGAUGCUCGAGUUUGGGGAAGAGACAGAGUAAUGUGUACAGCGAAGAUGAAAACGGACAACCUCUUGAUGUACCUAAAGGACAUUUCGUCGUCUACGUUGGAGAGAAUCGAGUCAGGUACGUUGUACCCAUUUCGUUUUUGACCCGACCCGAAUUUCAGCUUCUUCUCCAACAAGCAGAGGAAGAGUUUGGUUUCGAGCACGACAUGGGUCUCACUAUUCCUUGUGAAGAAGUCGUUUUCCGAUCUCUCACGUCUAUGCUCCGAUGAACAUAUCUUUUUCUUAAAUAAUAUAUUUCAAAUCGUUAGUUAGGAUGACAGAGGAAGCUGCUAAGUAAAUGCUUCUCUGUUUUAGCAAAAUAAGUUUUAUAUGUUUUGGCUAAUAUGGGUUUAGAGUUGUAACUUGUAAGAGUGAGACCUAACCCUUAUUUAGAGAACCCCAAUGAGAAUGAGUUACUAAUUUUGGUUCUUUUCUCAGAUUUGUAGAAACCCAAAAACAAAACAAAUUUCCGGUGAAGAUCACUCUCAUGGUGGUGUGGUUGAUGUAUGUGUACCCUGUGAGAAAGGUUUUUAAUAUUUAA